AUGGCGGCGCAGCACAAGUACUCGGUGCUGCUGCCCACGUACAAUGAGCGCGAGAACCUGCCGCUGAUGGUGUGGCUGCUGGACAAGACCUUCACCGAGAACCAGCUCAAUUACGAGAUCGUGAUCGUGGAGGACAACAGCCCCGACGGCACGCUGCAGGUGGCGCGCGACCUGCAGCAGAUCUACGGCAAGGAUCAGAUCGUGAUCCUGCCGCGCGAGGGCAAGCUCGGCCUCGGAUCCGCCUACCGCGACGGCCUCAAGCACGCGACGGGCGACUUCGUGUUCCUCAUGGACGCAGACCUGUCGCACCACACUGAUGCUGCUUCCACUCUGAUGCAGCCCAAGUUCAUCCCGGAGUUUAUCAAAAAGCAGGCGGAGGAAAAUUGUGAUAUCGUCACGGGCACGCGCUACGUCUCCGGCGGCGGCGUGUACGGCUGGGACCUGCGCCGCAAGCUCACGAGUCGGGUGGCCAACUACCUGGCCACUGUGCUGCUGAACCCGUCCGUGACGGACCUGACGGGCAGCUUCCGCCUGUACAAGCGCGACGUCAUCGAAAACAUUAUGAGCGCGAUCCAGGGCCUGGGCUACGUCUUCCAGAUGGAGAUCCUCGUGCGCGCGCGCCAACGCCAGUACUCCAUCGCCGAGGUGCCGAUCACGUUCGUGGACCGCAUCUACGGCGAGUCGAAGCUUGGUGCUGGCGAGAUCGUCGCGUACCUCAAGGGACUGCUCAACCUUUUCUUUACCACAUAA